UACAAAUUAAUGUGAAAUAUACAUAUAAUGAAAUCUUGAUAUGUUGUAUGAUAUGUCCUUCUGUUUAAGAUUUUAACUCUUUUCUUGUCAGGAGGUUUUAACUUUUUGAUUAAGAUUAAAUAAACUGACAAAUGCUUGUCUACAUUCUAGCAGGAACCUUGUUAGCGAUAUCUAUCGCAGAUGAAGAUGCCAAACUGGGAACAGUAAUUGGCAUAGAUCUGGGAACCACAUAUUCAUGUGUUGGCGUUUACAAAGGUGACAAAGUUGAGAUAAUAGCAAAUGAUCAAGGCAACCGCAUCACACCAUCAUGGGUUGCAUUCACGGAUGGCGAAAGACUAAUUGGUGAAGCUGCCAAGAAUCAAGCAGCUGUCAACGCUGAGAGGACCAUCUUUGAUGUCAAAAGACUAAUUGGUAGAAAGUAUGAAGACAAAGAAGUUCAGAGAGACAAGAAGCUUGUCCCGUACAACAUUGUCAACAAGGAUGGGAAGCCGUAUAUACAGGUCAAGAUAAAAGGUGGAGAAACUAAGGUGUUCAGUCCUGAGGAGAUAAGUGCUAUGGUUUUGACAAAGAUGAAGGAGACUGCAGAAGCUUUUCUUGGAAAGAAAAUUAAGAAUGCUGUUGUAACCGUCCCUGCUUACUUUACUGAUGCACAGAGACAAGCUACAAAAGAUGCUGGUGUAAUUGCUGGAUUAAAUGUAGCAAGAAUUAUCAAUGAACCAACUGCAGCUGCUAUCGCCUAUGGACUUGACAAGAAAGAGGGGGAGAAGAACAUCCUUGUUUUUGACCUUGGUGGUGGUACUUUUGAUGUCAGUAUCUUAACUAUUGAUAAUGGCGUUUUUGAGGUUCUUGCAACAAAUGGAGACACUCAUCUCGGAGGUGAGGAUUUUGAUCAGAGGAUUAUGGAAUAUUUUAUCAAGUUAAUCAAGAAGAAGCAUGGAAAGGAUAUCAGCAAAGACAAUAGAGCUCUUGGGAAGCUGAGAAGAGAAGCUGAGCGUGCUAAGAGAGCUUUAAGUAGCCAACAUCAGGUCCGUGUGGAGAUUGAAUCACUCUUUGAUGGCAAGGAUUUUUCUGAACCACUUACCCGAGCUCGUUUUGAGGAGUUGAACAAUGAUCUAUUUAGAAAGACCAUGGGACCGGUCAAGAAGGCCAUGGAGGAUGCUGGAUUAGAGAAACGCCAAAUUGAUGAGAUUGUACUUGUUGGAGGAAGUACUAGGAUUCCUAAGGUCCAAGAGCUUCUUAGAGAUUACUUUGAUGGUAAGGAGCCUAACAAGGGAGUAAAUCCAGAUGAGGCUGUUGCUUAUGGUGCUGCUGUACAGGGAGGUAUCUUAAGUGGAGAGGGAGGUGAUGAAACUAAAGAUAUUUUGCUUUUGGAUGUGACCCCCCUCACUCUUGGUAUCGAGACUGUUGGAGGGGUGAUGACGAGGUUGAUUCCUAGGAACACUGUCAUUCCAACCAAGAAGUCUCAGACUUUUACUACUAACCAGAAUCAACAGACAGUUGUUUCUAUUCAGGUUUUUGAAGGUGAAAGGGGGCUGACUAAAGAUUGCAGAUCACUUGGGAAGUUUGAGUUAACUGGCAUAGCUCCGGCUCCAAGAGGCGUCCCUCAGAUUGAAGUCACAUUUGAGGUCGACGCCAAUGGUAUCCUCAAUGUGAAAGCUGAAGACAAAGCGUCAGGUAAGUCUGAAAAGAUUACCAUCACAAAUGACAAGGGUCGUCUGAGUCAGGAAGAGAUAGAGCGGAUGGUUCAUGAGGCUGAAGAGUUCCAAGAGGAAGACAAUAAGCUAAAAGAGAAGAUUGAUUCGCGAAACAAGCUGGAGACUUAUGUCUACAACAUGAAAAAUCAGAUCAAUGAUAAGGACAAGCUGGCAGACAAAUUGGAGUCAGCAGAAAAGGAAAAGAUUGAGGAAGCACUUAAAGAGGCUCUUGAGUGGUUAGAUGACAACCAAAGCGGUGAGAAGGAAGAUUAUGAUGAGAAGCUGAGAGAAGUCGAGGCUGUCUGCAACCCGAUAAUCACAACAGUGUACCAGAGGUCUGGUGGUACCUCUGGUGCAGGCGAGGCAGACGACGACAGUGAUGAUCAUGAUGAGCUGUGAAGACUCGGCCACUCAGGUGCCAACUUCGAGUGUGAAGCCUACUGGAUAAAGAAAGAUUAGGAUAGUCUUUUGUACUUCUCAUGGAAAUGUAAGAGGAAAAGAUGAUAGAGGAGAAAACAUGUACAAGUAGCUAGCAUCAAUUAGCUCUUUGUGAUUUGUUUCUUUUCAUCUCUUUCAUUUUUUGAGCAUGUACAUGGAAAUUUAUGAACUUGUUAGAAG